AUGGCUUUGGAUACUGGCCACGGAACAAUUUUACCAUCGAUUCAUUAUCGCGACAAAGAUAACCUGCAGGCACUCAACCAGUUCAAUGAAAAGGCCAUCAUGACUUAUGGCGAGUGGUUUGAAGAAGAUCAUUUACUGGAGCAGAUGAAGAAAGUUUGUCCACAGAUGCGAAUUAUCAAACUUCAUGAAAUAGAAUCUGGUGAAGUUACUGUACAGCAUCGUUGGUCAAUAGAACUCUCGGACAAAACCGCUCCGGGGCUGGCUCUAUUCCAGGGUUAUUUCUGGAAAGGAAGGGGCUUCAAAGAUUUUUUUGAUGCUCAAUAUUCUCAAUUAGAACAGCUUUUCUUAUUGAAUCCUAGCAACAAGCUUAAUCACGAAGCUGGUAUAACUGCCAUAGAUAUUAAUCCACAGUUCCUGAUCUUCAGAAUCACCGAUGAUCCGACGGGACAAGAGCUAAAGUUAUGGAAUGAGCUGGGGUAUCUCGUCCGAUUUAAAGAGCCACCUCGGCGUGUUGUCAAUCGAUUAUUGGCUCAAAUAGAUACGUCCUUUUUAUGGCAUUGGAAAAAAUAUCCUUCAUAUCCUGAGGUUCUUGAAGAACAAUCCCCCACAUCGAUUUACCGAGAUCAUGUCAUCCCCUUGAUUCUCGUCUAA